AUGCGCUUCCAAACAGCUAUUCUGCUGCUCCUGACUAUCUUCCUUGCCGGUGUACAACGCUCCUGCUCGGCCAUUCAUGCGUACCCGCUUAACUUGUCGCUUAGUCGCUCCGACCAAAACCGCAAGACAGCUGGAAGGUUCCUCAGACUAGGCGAUGAAGAAAACAGGAUGGCUCCUGUUUCAGCCCUCGAAACAGCGAUCAAGGCCGCGAUGCCACAGUUGACAAAUUCGAACAAGCUUCUGCUGCGUUGGUAUCGGCUAAAAAACAAACGCAUAGACAAGACGCUCAAGAGUUUUGAUCUCGGGAAGAACGUGGAUACACUCUUGACCGACCCCAAGUUAAGCAUCUUGCUACACUACAUCCCAAUGUACAACAAGAAGAACCCCAAAAACGUCAUGACCACGGCCGAAGUGCUUGCAACCAAAUAUGGACUAGCUCCAGUGACUAAGCUACUCGAAAAGGCGAAAACAUCGAAAGAGUCGUCGGAAGCGACCAAGACAUUGGCGAAAGAGUUGCAGCUUGAGCAGUUCACGGGCUGGACAAACCAGAAGUUAUCGCCCGUCGAUGUUUACAGGAAAUUGGAGCUAAACACUGGCAACCUCUCUCCUCUUGGUAGUCCAGUGUUUGAAGCUUGGGCUGGAUUCGUGAGAAAGUCCCUCGGUCAGAAUGAGGACAAAGCUGCGUCUACAAUGCUCGAGGCGCUCCAAGAAAUUAAUGGGAAAAGAGGGGCUGCCGUUCUUUUUUACGAAGCAAAGGGAUUUCUAGAUCCAAAACUGACUGUGGCACACUUGAAGAAGAAGCAGUACACACAGUGGAUGAUUUCAAAUGUCAACAAAGAAAACUUCUUAAAGAACGCGUUGGAUUCGAAAUCCCUGAAGCUCACCGAGACGGACACGAAAAUCCUGGAGGAGUACCUUGGAUUCGUCAAGACAUACAAGGAAACCCACAAUAUUUCCAUUUAA